AUGCGGCGCCUCCUGAACGCAUGGCUCGCCUGCGCCACCACCACCGCGCUGCGAUGCGCGACACCUCCGCUUAAAAAAACGGGCCCGCAGACGCCAACUCCUUUCAUCGACGACUCCGGCCUCCUCGACCGGUUCUUCAUGCGCGUCUUCACGGCGCGCGUGCGCGAGGAGCUGGGCGGCGACGCGCGCCACGGCAGCGACGACUUCGAGGGCCUCAUCGAGGAGGUGCGCGUGCUGAACGCGCGCGGGCCGAGCCCGCGCGCGGCGCAGGCCGCCGGGCGGCGCAUCCUCCGGCGGUGCUUCCCGCCCAUGGUCUCGCCCGCGAACGGCUUCCGCGUCGAGCCCCUCUACGACGCGUACCGCCAGCUCUUCGCGCACGAAGUCUUCCGGCCCUACUCGGCGAAGUUGAACGCGUGGGUGACCCGGGCCUGCUCCUACUGGCUCAUGGGCGCGUCCACCGUCGGCGACGUCGAGACGCCGGACGCGACCUGGGGCGACGGCGCGCACCAGAAGCUCGUCGUCGAGCGCUGCCGCUUUUUGGAGGCCGGCGGCUGCGCGUCCGCGUGCGUGAAUCUGUGCAAGAUCCCGACGCAGCGCUUCUUCGGCGAGGACAUGGGGUUGCCCUUGCUCAUGGAGCCCGACUACGAGGACUUCUCGUGCACGUUCUCGUUCGGUGUCGCGCCGCCCCCGCUGGCCGUGGACGAGGCGCUCGACACGCCCUGCUUCUCCCAGUGCCCCGUGGCCGUCCAGGACCGGCCGCGGUGCCACCUCGUCGACGACGGCGACGCGGAGGCGGCGCUGCGGGACGCGAUCCGGGCGGCGCCCCUGCCGGAGCGGCAGACCGCGCGAUGA